UACAAGGGGAGUUAUAGAGUGGUUAAAGUGGGGGGCUGAAUUUUGCUUUCACUAAUGGGGUGUUCUUCUAAGAUCCCAGCACAUGUACCUGAAUACUUCACUAAUGCCUGGUUUUUCAUUUUUGGUUGCAUUCUGGUGUCAAUAUGUGAGGCUAUGGAAACCCUUGAUUUUCCAGGGUCGGUUACAUGCCUCAAUGAUGAAAUACUGGUAAGGAAACCCAAAGGGUUUCGCUUGAAUGCCUGGCAGACUCUUCAUAUUGUAGAUUCAACUGGUGGUCAGAUAUUAGACUGUGGACAUUUUGUGGAUGGUAAAACUCUAACUGUUCCAUACAAAUGCGCUGAAUAUCAGACAGGGAGCCACAUCAUCCAUAUUGCAUUCUCUAAGGGUUCAGUGGGACAGAGACUUCCUUCCUACAGAAUUAGCUGUGAUGGACUUCAGGCAGAUGAUCCAAGAGGAGCAGUAGUGACCUGUACACAAGACUCAAUGACAGUAAAAAUCCCACGAACUCUCUCUGGUUUUGAUGAUGAGAUGCCGGUUUCUGCUCCUUCUUUCUGGAACCUGGAAGUAAAAUUCAAGGGGCGAACUACAUUACUCAGCACAAGUGAUGCCAGGCAAAAGGGAUACCAGCUAUCAAGUGAUCCCUAUUAUUUAACUGUUAAGGCUUCCUACAGUGCAUUUGGCCUUAAUGUAUUCAGUAUGGACAACAAGAGGCUUUAUGUGGGAGACCUUCGUCUGGUUUCACAGUUUGGUAGUCCAGAGAUUUCUAUCGACACCCCAAUGAUCUGUGCGAGAGAUCCUCCCACUUGCAAUUCUACACAUGCCACUGUUCUGAUUCCAUUUUUUGGUGGCGUCCUGAGUGGUAUAAAUGUCAACAGUGUGGAUAUACAACUGAGUUCUUAUUACCUUCAACAACAUGGAAUCACUCUGGAUUCUAGAAAUGGCUACAGGCUUUAUAUUAAGAGAUCUACCUUAAAGGGUGAUGGCAAGGACUUUCUGGUUCUAACCUUCAGCUAUUAUGGUAAACCCGUACCGAUGCUAAUAUUAUUAGUAUGUUCUGGAGGUACUAAGGAUCCUGCUGAGCAUGCUGAUACAGUUUCAGCAUGCACAUUGGAUGGUUACAUGGACGUUGAAGUCGUUUCAACUCUUACAAAACCUGAACUGAACUUGACAACUGUGAAGCUGAGGGAUGGGACUUGCCAACCAAGCCAGAUAGCAAACAACUUUCUCAGGUUCCAUGUGCCUUUAAAUGGCUGUGGGACAACGGUCAAGAUUGUGGGAACUCGAGUUUUUUAUGAAAAUGAAAUUCACGCCCUGUGGAAGGAUUUCCCACCAAGAAAAAUCUCCAGAGACAGUGAGUUUAGACAGACUGUCCGGUGCUACUACAGUACUGGUGGCAAUGCAUCGGUUAUUGUUAAUGUGCUGACUCUGCCUCCCCCAGUCUCAGCCAGAACGGAUGGUCCCCUCACUCUUGUACUCAACAUGUAUCCAGAUGUCUCCUAUGGAACAGCUUACAGUAAUAACCAGUAUCCAGUUGUGAAAACUCUGCUUGACCCAAUAUUCCUAGAAGUACAAGUUCUGAAUCGCAAUGAUCCAAACAUUGACCUAGUGCUGGAUGAUUGCUGGGCAACAAUGACUCCAAAUCAAAACUCUUCUCCCCAGUGGAAUGUUGUUGUAAAUGGCUGCCAAGAGCAGAUGGAUAAUCUUUGGACAGUCUUUCAUCCUGUUGGCAUAGAUGUGGCAAGACCAAGUCACAGGAAGAGGUUUGAAGUCAAGACCUUUGCUUUUGUGUUGGGCGGAGACACAUCAAGUAACCUGGUCUACUUUCAUUGCCAUGCAAUUAUAUGCAACAAACUAGCUCCUGAUUUCUCUAUAUGUUCAAAGACUUGUUCUGCGGGGAGAAGAAAAAGAGAUGAGCUAUCCACGUAUAGAAAAACAUCUACAGUGAGUCUGCCAGGUCCUGUCCUGGUUGUGGAUCUAGAGUCCUCCAUCCAGCAUAAAGAUCACACAAGUCCUGUAGGCCAUCUUGCUGUUGGUUCCCUGUCUGUCCUUGGAUUUGUUGCAAUGGCUGUGUUUGCUCUGCUACUGCGGUCUGUUUUUAAAAGAAAAUCCAUAAACAUGGCGCACUGAGCACGUUUUCUAAUAAAA